AUGGCGGAAUUCGUGCGUGCCCAGAUCUUCGGAACCACCUUCGAGAUCACCAGCAGGUAUACAGAUCUGCAGCCGGUGGGAAUGGGUGCCUUUGGUCUCGUAUGCUCCGCAAGAGAUCAAUUGACCGGUCAGCCCGUCGCCGUGAAGAAGAUCAUGAAACCGUUCAGCACCCCGGUCCUAUCCAAGAGAACGUACCGCGAACUGAAACUGCUGAAACACCUGCGACAUGAAAACAUCAUUAGCUUGAGCGAUAUCUUUAUUUCUCCCCUGGAAGACAUCUACUUUGUCACGGAACUUUUGGGAACCGACCUCCAUAGACUCCUCACCUCCCGACCGUUGGAAAAGCAGUUCAUUCAGUACUUCCUAUACCAGAUCCUUCGGGGCCUGAAAUACGUCCACUCGGCAGGUGUCGUCCAUCGGGACCUGAAGCCCAGCAACAUCCUUAUCAAUGAAAACUGUGACCUGAAGAUCUGCGAUUUCGGUCUCGCCCGUAUUCAAGAUCCCCAGAUGACCGGCUACGUUUCGACACGAUACUACCGCGCCCCCGAGAUCAUGCUUACAUGGCAGAAGUACGACGUCGAGGUGGACAUCUGGAGCGCAGCCUGCAUUUUCGCGGAGAUGGUCGAGGGAAAGCCUCUCUUCCCUGGCAAGGACCAUGUGAAUCAGUUUUCGAUCAUUACAGAGCUCCUUGGAACUCCGCCGGACGAUGUGAUCCAGACUAUUUGCAGCGAGAACACUUUGCGAUUCGUUAAGUCGUUACCCAAGCGGGAACGUCAACCUCUGGCGAACAAGUUUAAGAAUGCCGAUCCCGACGCCGUGGACCUCCUCGAGAAAAUGCUCGUCUUCGAUCCCAAGAAGAGAAUCUCCGCUACCGAGGCGCUCGCACACGAAUACCUUGCCCCCUACCACGACCCCACCGAUGAACCGGUGGCCGAAGAGAAGUUUGACUGGUCAUUCAACGACGCCGAUUUGCCCGUGGAUACCUGGAAGAUCAUGAUGUACUCGGAAAUCCUGGAUUUCCACAACAUUGACCAAGGCCCCGAUGCCGGUCAAGUCUUUGGACCUGUCGGAGACGGACAGCAGGGGUUUGCAUGA